AAAUAUUUUUGUAAAAUCCCACACUAGGUUUACGUGGAUUUAGUUAUCACACAAUACUUAAUGUCGUGAUACUGUACUGUUUAUAAUUUCGGACCAGGCAGGACUAGGAAGUUUCUCCAGUAUUAUAUUCAGGUGGCCGUCACGCGCCACUAGUGGGAGUCAGCAUCAUGACCUGUGUGCACCUGCUGUUGACCUUAGUCUUUUCCGUCAGCUUGGGGACACCUGUAGAGAUUCAGCGACCACGAGGAGUACCACUGUCAAAGAGACAGUUUUAUGAGGAGAACAAGCCAUUCACUUGUCUCGAUGGAUCCCGGACCAUUCCAUUUGACCGAGUGAAUGAUGACUACUGUGACUGCAAAGAUGGUUCAGAUGAGCCAGGCACAGCUGCUUGUCCCAAUGGUCACUUCCAUUGCACCAAUGCUGGAUACAGGCCCACCUUUAUCCCAUCUUCCCGUAUUAAUGAUGGCAUCUGUGAUUGCUGUGACACCACUGAUGAGUACAACAGCGGAGCCAAAUGUGAAAAUACCUGCAAGGAACUGGGACGUAAAGAGAGGGAGGUUCUGCAGAAGAUGGCUGAGAUCACCAAAGAGGGCUUUCUCCUGAAACAGCAGCUCAUCGAGGAAGCCAAGAAGGGACGGCAAGAAAAGCAGGGUAAACUUACUGAUAUGCAGGAAAAUAAGAAACAGCUGGAGGAGAAAGUUGAAGCACUGAGGACAGUGAAAGAGACUGCAGAGCAACCUGAGAAGGAAGCUAAAGAGCACCAUCUCAAGGCCUGGGAAGAGCAAAAGACAGCAAUUCGCUUGGAGAAGGAUAAAGCCAAAAUGGCAGAAGCCUUUUUGGAGCUGGAUGACGAUGCAGAUGGCUUUGUGUCUGUCUCUGAGCUUCAGUCCCAUGCAGAAUUGGACCCAGAUGCUGAUGGCUCACUUACUGAAACCGAGGCCCAGGGACUAAUGGGAGGAGCUGACCGGGUGGACACAUCAACAUUUGAGAGUAUUUGGGCCAACAUUAAAGACAAGUACCAAUUAGAGUCCCAGCCUGUGGAAGCUCCCCCUGUGGAAACACCUGCUGAAGAAGUGAAGGAGCCAGUUGUAGACAAUGAAUCCGAGCCGUACCCAGAAGAAGACAUUUCUGAAGAGGAGGAAGAAGAGGAGGAUGAUGAAGAUGAUUAUCAUGAAGAGGAUGAUAAGCCUUCGCCCACCAUCAAGACUCCAGAGAAGAGUCCUGAAGAUGAGGAAGCCAUGCCGCCUUAUGAUGCAGACACCCAGGCCCUCAUCGAUGCUGCUCAGAAGGCUAGGGAUGACUUUAACGAGGCUGAGAAAGCUCUUCGGGAGGCGGACGAUCAAAUCAGAAAUAUUGAAAAAGAGCUGUCCUUUGAUUUUGGCCCUCAUGCUGAGUUCACAUACAUGUACAGCCAGUGCUACGAACUUUCCACUGGCGAGUAUAUCUACAGACUAUGUCCUUUCAAUCGGGUUUCACAGAAACCCAAGUAUGGAGGCUCAGAGACCAACCUUGGGACCUGGGGAACCUGGGCAGGGCCUGAAAAUAAUAAAUACUUGUUGAUGAAAUACGAGCACGGCACUGGGUGCUGGCAAGGACCAAACAGAUCAACUACAGUGAAGCUUACUUGUGGGAAGGAAACGGUGGUGACCUCGACAACGGAGCCCAGUCGCUGUGAAUAUCUAAUGGAAUUCACCACACCUGCCGUGUGCCAAGAGCCAACCAACGUUGACCUCUCAUCACAUGGCCACGAGGAGCUGUAGAUGCAUUCCACGGUUGCUCUGUGGGAACAUUAUCUUCAUUUCCUGUUAGCCUGUUUAAGAACCUCUUCCAUUAGUUUUGCAUUGGCCAAAAGAGGCUGGACGUUUGGGUAGCAUAAAGUUUGUUCGAAUGUAAUGUUUUUUUUUUUGUUAUUGUUUUUACUGACAUAAAAUCUGAUUUUUUUUUUUUCACAUUCCAUGAAUAAUGUUGAAAUAAAUGUAACUUUACAUUGAAAAAAUUGUGAUUUGUUCAAACAAGACCACUUGACCCCAUAUUAGGAAAUUCACAACCAGAAUUGACAUUGGACAGUUGAAUAACGGAGAUUAACGUGUAACACUCUAGACUAUGAACAGUACCAUAUUUGGUGCUUAUUGUAUGUGGAAGACCCAUUAAAUUAAGGUUCCCACCUUCAUGGAAAAUCAGGAAAUAUCAAGUAGUUUUAAAAUUGAGAUUUCCAUGCCUGAAAAAGUCAUUAAAAGCCAUGGAACUUUCUAUAGUAAAUAUGCAUUUUCUGGUUAAGCUUUGCUAUAAAAUAGAAAUUAUUUUUGGUGAGUGCAUCUCUAUGAAAUUAUUUUAAUUACGACUAAUGGGGACCCUGAAAAGAUUAUACACUUUUCAUAAACCUUUACAGACAGUGAUUGAGUCGAAUGGAAUUUAUAUU